CUCAAAAAAUAAAAAAAUAAAAAAUAAAAAAAAUAAAUUCCCAACUUCCCCUGAAAAACCUGGUCUCCCUCGCUUCCUGUUCCUCAUUUUGGAUUCGGACCUCAAAUAACUCCUAAAUAACAUUAAAUGCCACUCUCUCUUCAUCUUCUCUCUACUGUGAUCUCUGUUUCUUUCUCUCUCGAGACUUCAGCUUCGUUCUUUAACAAUGGCGUCUUUCUCUCUCUAGGUUUCAACAAUGCCGGUUGCUCCUCUCUCUAGGUUUCGGUUUUGUUGAGUUCUUUCCUUCUGGUUUUUGGUUUUUGGUUUUUGGUUUGAUUCAUGGAGAGUAAGGCGAAAUGCUGAUGUGUUUUGUGCUGAGCUGCGGCUUGGAGUUUCGCAAAUUUGGAGCUCGAUUUCAGAUCUGUAUGUGUUGAUUUAGGUUUCUGAGGAGUGUGAGGAUUCUUGUUGGGUGGAUGUGGUUGCGUUUGUUUACGUGGAGGAGAAGUUAGGUUUUUGGUUGAAGAUUCGGUUGUUUGGGUGUUUUUCUUCGUCUACUAGCUAUUUUUGGUGUUGGUGGAGUUUAGAUUUGGCAAUGAAUCGGAGUUUUAGGGCUCAGGAAUCGCAAAUGUCAGCUACGGUGAGGCAGAGGCAGCAGCAAGUGGGGAGUUUGAGGUCGUCGGUGAUGAAGGAGAAGGAUGAGGAGCUGGCGUUGUUUCUUGAGAUGCGGAAACGCGAGAAAGAGCGGAGUCACCUCCUCCUUCUGCAGGAUUCGGAAGAGUUUGAUGCUCCAUUAGGAGCAAAACCGGGCAGUUCUCCCAUAUUCAACAUUGCACCAUCACCCCCUCCACGUAAAACUGUUGCAGAUGAUUUCCUGAAUUCUGACAAUGAUAAAAAUGAUUAUGACUGGCUUCUAACACCUCCUGGCACUCCUCUUUUUCCUUCCCUGGAGAUGGAAUCACAGAAAACUGUUAUGAGUCGGAUUGGAACCCCUAAAGCUCGCCCCACUGCAUUGAAAUCUAGAUUAGCAAACCCCCAGCCAGAGCCUGCUGCAAGGAGCAGCUUAGUAUCUAAACAUCCAGCUUCCUCCCCUGGGUUGAAUUCCUCAAGUGCAGGAAUCCGCAGGCCAUCAUCAUCAGGGGGUCCAGGAUCAAGACCUGCAACACCAACUGGACGUCCGACAUUGACUGCCACAACUAGACCUUCAAGACCAGCAACACCUACUUCUCGGGCCACCCUAACUUCAACAAAGCCCACAGUUCCUGCAAGAUCAUCUACACCUGUAACCAGGUCUACAGCAAGAUCUUCAACGCCAACAUCCAGGCCCUCCAUUCCGGCAUCCAAGCCUGUAUCAAGGGCUGCGACACCAACUCGUCGACCCUCUACACCUUCAAGUGUAUCAAAUUUAUCUGCUCCUCCAAUUAAAUCUACUUCGUCAGUCACAAAAUCAGGUCCUGCUACAUCAAGAAACCCAGUGCCAUCCCGUGGGAGUUCCCCAACUGUGAAGUCCAGACCAUGGAAGCCAUUGGAGAUGCCUGGUUACUCGCUUGAUGCUCCUCCAAAUUUAAGGACAUCAGCUCCUGAAAGGCCAGUUUCGGCCUCAAGGGGUAGGCCUAGUGCACCUAUUGCUCGAUCUUCUUCUGUUGAUGCUGCUCCUAAUGGAAGGCCAAGGCGGCAAUCAUGCUCUCCAGCAAGAGGUCGUCCUCCCAAUGGCAUUAUUCAUACCAGUGGAAGCUCAGUUCCUGCAGUGAGCCGUGGGCUUUCAAAAGUUAGUGACAAUGUAAGCCCUGUUUUAAUUGGAACAAAAAUGGUUGAAAGGGUGAUAAAUAUGAGAAAACUGGUCCCCCCUAAGCAAGAAGACAAACAUUCUCCUCGUGGUAACUUGUCUGGGAAGUUGGCUUCAUCCCCGGACAGCUCUGGCUUUGGAAGAACACUCUCAAAGAAAUCUCUGGAUAUGGCUAUUAGACAUAUGGACAUAAGGCGAAGCAUUCCAGGUAAUCUACGGCCCCUGAUGACAAAUAUUCCAGCGUCCUCUAUGUACAGUGUGAGGUCAGGGCCUACACGAAGCAGAACAGUUAGUGUUUCAGAUUCCCCUCUUGCCACAAGCAGUAAUGCUAGUUCUGAAGUGAGUGUCAACAACAAUGCCCUUUGUGUAGAUGGGGGUGAAAUAGAAGAUGAUAUUGGCAGUGAGAGAGGGGGUCGGCCGUCUCCUGCCAGCUUACGUGGCAGAUGAUAGCCAGAGCACUUCACCAUCCUGAACUCUGAACUACUUUUCUAAUCCACUUUAUAUUUUAUUUGGGAUCUCUGCUACCCGGCAGUUGAAAGGGGAGCAGUUUCCGGGAAGAACUGAUGUGCAACAUGCCUCUAUGAUUUAUGUAAAGUUUAUUGGAUUGACUGGCAGUUAAAGAUUAUAUCAUUCAUCA